AUGGAGAAGCUCCUCCAUAAAUAUGGAGUGAUUCAUAAAGUAGCCACGCCAUAUCACCCCCAGACCAAUGGACAGGCUGAAUUAGCAAAUCGGGAACUGAAGAAGAUUUUAGAAAAGACAGUAGGAAGUUCAAGAAAAGAUUGGGCUCGGAAGCUAGAGGAUGCACUCUGGGCAUACAGGAAGUUCAAAACUCCCAUUGGGAAGUCACCGUUUCAACUACUAUAUGGCAAAUCAUGUCACCUACCUGUGGAGCUUGAACACAAAGCUUUUUGGGCUACUAAACUCCUAAACCUUGACUCUGAAGCAGCAGGUGAGAAAAGGUUGUUGCAGUUAAAUGAGCUGGAUGAAUUUAGAUUAGAAGCAUAUGAAAGUGCCAAAAUAUACAAGGAAAAAGCCAAGAGGAUCAAGAUAUUUCCUGGCAAACUUAAAUCCAAAUGGACUGGUCCAUAUCUGGUAACCAAGGUUUUCCCUUAUGGGAGUAUUGAACUGCUGGAUGAAGCAACAAAGAGUCAAUUCACAGCAAAUGGUCACAGAGCAAAGCUAUACUUAGGAGGACAUUGGGACAAGGAAAAGGAGGUUCAGAGCUUACAACGUCCCUGA